UAAAAAAGUCAUUAAUUAAAUGUUGUAGACACAGACAAUAUGGAACCGUCGAAGGGCAAAGUCACAGUCAUUUGAUCCUACACGAAAUUUCUAACCCAUCUUUCCAGGAACAAGUGUUCUGAAUACUGAUCAAAUUAAGCAGCAGGGUCAUCUCUGCUUGCAUCAUAUUCAUGGGGAAUGUUAAGAGAAAUUACAACAUCCCAACAGGACAGGUUGGGAUCAUUUUUUUCUUAAAGAUCCCAUCUAACAACUGAUUACUUCCUCAUAAAAAAGGAAAAAAAAAUCAUGUUAAAAAAGAUAUAUUUUAGAAUUAAACACAAGGUAUAACAGUCAGCUGCUUACUCGUAUUCGUUCAACAAGAAAUGCUGGUCUCACCUUGAAAAUGUCACACUACGAAAAUUCUAUGAGAGAGCUAAUUUUCAAACCGAGGUCGUUGAGCUUUCAUCUAUCAGGAAAAAGUGCCUCUCUGUCCUGUACCUCUUCAAGGCAUUUCCUCUACCUGCUCCAUUUUCACGCCACCCAAACCUAAACCAAGAAGUUAUGAUUAAACUAAUCCCCCUUAAUCAGACAACUUUAGGCAAUAGAAUUGUACACAAAGAAUAUAAAAAAAGCAUCUUUCUGCCUUAUAUCUUCAUUUUCCUUUGCAAUCAAACAGCACUCUAAAUCUCAAAACUUUCCAGGGAAAGAGGCUGGACCUGGAUUUGGCUAUUCCAUGGACAGGUUAGUGAAAGCGGAUGUGAAAGAAGUAGAAAUAGUCUUCCAGAGAGGUAAAAAAUGCACCACUACUUUCCGUUUAACCAAUCUUAUGCAUACGAUGCCCGUGGCAGUUUCUUUAACCACCCAAAACCCAGCUUUCUUCUCUUUUAACAAGCCUUUUUCCAUAAUCCCUCCACUCUCAUCUUCAUCCUACACUCUUCUUCUCUUCCAGCUGUCUAAUCAACCCCCUCUGACCACUCCUCCAGAUGUCAUCACCGUCAAAACCACCAUGCUCCCUUUAGGCAAGGCCCAUCAUGAUGAUCUCCGCCGACUGUUCUCCAAGCCUGGACCCCACAUAUUCAAGGACGCCACUUUACCAAUCUCCUUUGUGGGUCCCCAUGUGGUUGAACAUCUCAUUUCUAGCUAUACCCAGGUCGCAGAAAUUGAUCUGUUUUUGAACAAAGCCAUUUCUGGGUGUACAGGGAAUCUCCUCACAGGGUUACUCAAAUCUGCUGUCGUUUCAGGGAAAGCUAAUUUGGUUCGUACCCUGAUUGAUCAUGGUGGAGAUGUUAAUGAUAAGGAUUCCAAAGGAAGGUCCUUGAUCUCCCUGGCUGUUGAAGCUGGAAAUUUUGAUGUUGUCAAUGUCCUGAUUUCUUCUGGUUGUGAAAUUGAUAAUUCUGUUGAUCAUCUUUUGCACUAUGCAGCUGCAAUAAAUAGAGUAGAUUUGAUGGAGAUCUUAUUUCGAGCUUAUAAAAGUGUGGACAUAAAUGCUGUUGAUUUUUGUGGUAAAACUCCAAUUCACAUAGCUGCAAGUUACGGUUAUACUGAGGUGAUUCGGUUUUGUUUAUCAGUAGGAAGGAAUCCUGAAGUUUUAGAUAUUAAUAGAUGUACUCCACUUCAUUUGGCUGCUCAGGAAGGUCAUUUAGAUGCAGUAGAAUGUUUAUUAGAGGCUUCAAGUUAUGCUAAAUAUGCUUUGAAUAAACAAGGAAAGACUGCUUUUGCACUUGCAGUUGAAAAUGGGCAUUCGAAUUUGUAUGAUUUAUUGCAUUUAGGUGAUGCUUUGAACCGUGCUGCCAGGAUUGACAAUGUUAAUGGGAUAAAGAGUUGCCUUGCAGAGGGGGCAAAUGUGAAUGGGAAAGAUCAGAAUGGAUGGACACCUUUGCAUUGGGCUGCAUUUAAAGGUCGAAUCGAGAGUGUUAAGGUUUUGCUUAACCAUGGUGCUCAGGUUAACCUUCUUGAUGAUAAUGGCUACACACCGUUGGGUUGUGCAGUGGAGGCAGGGCACGUUCAAGUUGCUUUGUUGUUGAUUGCUCAUGGAACUAAAGCUAACAUGAAGAGUCUCAAAAUCAAAGGUGUGGUUGCUUUGAAUUCUGAUUGUUUUAAGGAUCACCCUUCUCUUGUUCAGCCUUUAUGUCAUGAGAAUGAACAAGCUUGACUGGCAGAUGGACUGCCUGUUUUUGUUUUGUUUUCUUGUUGUAAUUUUGAAGCUGUACAGACUUGCGUAAAAUUUUCACUGUAUAAUGUGGAUGGUGUCAAUGGCUUUGCUUGGUAAGAGAGAGAAGUAAGAAUAUUCUGCUCCCAACCAAGCUGUACAUCCAGUUAAUUCUGAGGAAAAACAUGGCCUUUAUGAAUCA